AUGGUUUGCCACGGAGACCCGUUGAUCUGAAGAGUCUUCGAGCUGCGCGAGAAGAUCUUCAGUCUCGACAGCCUCAAACCAUCCGAAGAUGUCGACACCCUCUUCACGCAGCUUGUCCUCACGUGCACGCCCUGGCGCUGCCACCGCUGCCUCCACAUCGACAUCGCCAGGUUAUACAAGAAGGCUCAAGAAAUGAGUUCGGACCUCAAAAGGCUGUGUGGAUAGACGGAGGGCCUCCUGGAGAGCCAUUUCGCGACGGUCCUGGGGUGUUUCGAUCGCCCGAUUGAGAAUCUUGAAAUCUUCCCUAACUAUGAGGAUUACCUCUAGUUGGCCCAGCUCGAGUUCACCCUCUUGACCCAACACUGCCCUCACGUCCCCAACAAGGUUGCCUUCGUGGGUUCUGGCCCCCUCCCUCUCACCUCCGUAUUCCUAGCCUCGAAUCACUUGACGACCGCCUUGGUCCCCAACUACGACGUCAACCCCUUGGCUAAUUCCAAAGCGAUGCGGUCGGUCUCGUUUUACCUGGGCUUGUUCAAGAGGCUGUCGUUCCGCACUCGUAAUGUCCUCGAAGUUAGGAGAGAGUUGGAGGAGUACGACGCCGUGUUUCUCGCGGCACUCAUGGGCAUCAACGAGGAAGAGAAGGCUAGGGUGAUCGAGCCCUUGGGGGGGUACAUGAAGAGCGGGGCUAUUUUGAUGGCGAGGCGCGUGCACAGCGCUAGGGCUUUUCUGUAUCCGGUGGUCGAUGUCCACAGUGAUCUCGGAGGGUUUGAGGUUCUUUCGGUGUUUCAUACCGAGGAUGACGUUAUCAAUUCAGUUAUCGUCGCACGCAAGUAUUGAUCAUGAAUUGCAACACAUGCCCACACAUGUAGGAACAUUUGGCUGAAGAUUUGGCCCGAGAGAGGAGCGAAUUCGAGCAAGUUCUCUUAUCUUCGAAGACAAGUUUGAGUACAAUCUUCUUGCUCGUGUUAUUAUGCUGUAAUUAUCCUGCAUAACUACGCGUGCAUGUUCCCUUCAAGAAACUGUGACGAGGCGUUUUAAUUUGA